AUGGAUACCUCAGGAGAUAACGACGGCAAUAGCGGUGAAGACCAAUCAUCUCUUUUUAAUGAAAACAUAGCUGACGAUCUGUUAGAAUUUGAAACAGAAAAAGGAAUAGUAAAAGACCCUACUAGUUUAACAUUUAGUAUAAAUGGUGAAGACCAUACAUUGGGAAACGCUUUACGAUAUGUAAUCACAUUAAAUCCUGAAGUAGAAUAUUGCGGAUAUUCUAUUCCACAUCCAUCAGAAGAUAAACUCAAUAUUCGUAUUCAAACUACCGAAAACACGACGGCAAUUGAAGCAAUGCGUAAAGGUCUUGAGGAUCUAAAAAUCAUAUGCGAUCAUAUCAAGGAAACUUUUAUUCGGUCAAACCGACAGUUCGAUAUUCAACAAUAA